AUGCAUUCUGCUGGAUUGGGACCCGGCUUCUUUGCAACUGGUCCUGCCCCUGGCGGAAAGGAUGGAUAGAACCAAAUGCCUCUUUUCUUUCUUACUCCUUCUUGAAGCAACCUGUAUUUUUGGCGAGCGGGUUUUGAAGCAAUCAGUGAGCAGGAUCCACCUGGGACAGAAACCCCACAGCCUUUCAAGCAAGCACGGCUCAGACAGUCAUGGCACAUGGACAACCUGGUUCAACAUUGACCACCCUGGCGGCAACGGAGAUUACGAGCGCAUUGACGCCAUCCGGUUCUACUACCGGGAUAGGGUGUGCCCAAUGCCCAUUCGCAUCGAAGCCCGGACGACAGAUUGGACCCCUGCAGACAGCACAGGGCAGGUGGUCCACUUGGAUGCUCGGGAGGGAUUCUGGUGCCUGAACAAGGAGCAGUCAGCAGGGCAAACCUGCUUGAAUUAUGCUGUGCGUUUCCUGUGCCCCCCAGGCUCUUUAUCUCAGAAUUCAAAGAUGCUCUGGUCCUCGUGGUCAAAGUGGAGCGAGUGCACUGCCCCGUGUGACCAAUCUGGCAUCCAGACCCGGACCAGAACCUGCCUCGCAGAAAGCCUCUGGGACCCACGCUGCAAAGAAGUGAGCGAGGAAGGGAGACGCUGCACUGGAACCCCUUGCUCAGUUUGCAACUUGACUUGCUCCAUGGGCCACGUGAAUGCGGAAUGCGAUGCGUGCAUGUGUGAGGAGCACCUUCUCCAUGGCAAAGUCUCCCUCCCAGAUGGCGCCCCUGCGGCCGGAGCUUCCAUUUACCUGCAAGCCAAGAAGACAAAGUUACUGACGAUAUCCAACAAGGAGGGGGAAUUUCAGAUUCCUGGUGUCUGCCCUGAUGGCAGAACUGUUUUGCAUAUCAAAAAGGCCAAGUAUGCAGCGGCUCUGGCCACCGUGUCCGAGGGCUCGGAGAAUUCCUCCUCAGUCCAUGUCCACUUGAAGAGAGCAGACAGGCCAUAUAUGGUGCAGCAUCCGGAGGACAAAGCCAGAAGAGAAGGCCAGGCGGCCUCUUUUUGCUGCCAUGCUGUCGGGGAGCCAGCACCUGACCGAUACCUUUGGUUCCACAAUGACACCUUGCUGGAUCCAGCAUUGUACAAAUACAAAGGCAAGCUGCUCUUAAAGAACUUGAGACUGGGCCAGGCUGGACAAUAUUCCUGCAAGACCAGCAACGACGCAGGAUCUGUGAAGUCAAAAGCGGCCAUACUGACCCUCGUAGCAAAGGAUGAAGCUCCUUGCAACCCCAAACCUGAGAGCUACCUCAUCCGACUGCCCCACGACUGCUACCAAAACUCCACCGGUUCUUUCUACUAUGAUGUUGGUAGAUGCCUGACUGAUACGUGUGCCGGAUCGUUGGACAAUGGACUCCGGUGCAAGGACGCCAUUGCGUACUGCUGUGGGGUCUCCAGAACAGAAACCCGAGAAAUAACAUGUGGCAGAUACACACUUCCUAUCAAAGUGGCAGUGGAGUGCGGUUGUCAGAAGUGCGUGGAAACUAAGGUUGUAGUCCGAGGAAGAGCCGUGGCUUCCGAUACUGGGGAACCUCUGAGGUUUGGACAUAUAUACCUUGGGAACAACAGGGUAAGCAUGACUGGCUAUAAGGGAACCUUCUCCAUCCAGGUGCCACCAGCCACGGAGAGGCUUGUCCUCACAUUUGUAGAUCGCCUGCAGAAGUUUGUGAACACAACAAAAGUUCUCCCUUUCAACAAAAAUGGUGGGGCUGUCUUCCACGAGAUCAAGAUGUUGAGGAAAAAGCCACCCAUUACGCUAGAAUCAACAGAGUCCAGUGUGAUACCCUUAGGAGAUAUGGAGGGAGAUGAUCCAAUAGCCGAACUGGAAAUUCCUCCCAAUACGUUUUACAGACAGAAUGGAGAGCCCUAUACAGGAAAAGUAAAAGCCAGCGUAACUUUCCUGGACCCAAGGAAUGUCUCCAGUGCAGCCGCCGCACAAAGCGACCUGAAUUUUGUAGGCGACGAAGGGGACAUGAUCCCACUGCGGACAUACGGCAUGUUUUCUAUGGAUUUCACAGACGAAACAGCCACAGAGUCCCUCAACGCGGGGAAGGUCAAAGUCCACCUCGACUCUGCUCAGGUCAGGAUGCCAGAACACCUGAAGGGGAUGAAGCUUUGGUCUCUGAAUCCACAGACAGGCUUAUGGGAGGAAGAAGGAGACUUCCAUCUUGACCAAAGCAGACGCAGCAAGCGAGAGGAAAGAACAUUUCUGGUGGGCAACAUGGAAAUCAGAGAAAGGAGGCUUUUCAACCUUGACGUCCCAGAGAGCAGACGGUGCUACAUCAAAGUGCGUGCUUUUAGAAGUGAGAGAUACCUGUCCAGUGAGCAAGUUAUGGGUGUGGUGAUUUCUGUGAUCAACUUGGAACCAACCGCAGGAUAUUCUUCCAACCCCAGAGCAUGGGGUCGCUUUGACAGUGCAGUCACUGGCUUCAAUGGAGCUUGUGUGCCAGCUUUCUGUGAUGACCAAAACCCAGAUGCCUACAGUGCUUAUGUCAUGGCAGCUCUUGGGGGAGAGGAACUGGAAGCCGUCCCCUCCUCCCCAAGGCUUAACCCUGCUGCUAUUGGAGUCCCACAACCAUAUCUCAACAAACUAAAGUACAGGCGAACAGAUCACACUGAUCGCCAUGUCAAGAAAACUGCUUUCAGGAUCAGCGUGGCCAAGCCCACCCCCAAUGCUGCCGAAGAAAGCAACGGUCCCAUCUACCCCUAUGAUAAGCACCGCGAAUGUGAAGGGGCUCCUUCCACCGCUGCUCACUUCAGGUUUUACAGGGUCGAAGGUGACAGAUAUGACUACAACACUGUUCCUUUUAAUGAGGAUGACCCCAUGAACUGGACUGAAGACUACUUGGCUUGGUGGCCCAAGCCAAUGGAGUUUAGGGCAUGUUACAUUAAGGUGAAAAUAAAUGGGCCUCUUGAGGUGAACGUGAGAUCUCGCAACACAGGUGGCACGCAUCCACGGACCGUGGGCCAGCUUUAUGGCAUCAGAGACGUGCGCAGCAUCCGUGACUUAGACCAACCCAACCUUUCAACAGCUUGCUUGGAAUUCAAGUGCAGCGGCAUGCUGUACGACCAAGGACGCGUUGACCGGACGCUAGUGAAAAUUAUCCCGCAGGGGAACUGCUUCAGAGAAAGCGUCAACAGCAUGCUACACGAGUAUCUAGUGAACCAUCUUCCCGUUGCAGUUAAUAACGACUCCAGCCAGUAUACCAUGUUGGCUCCUCUGGAUCCUCUGGGUCACAACUACGGGAUCUACACCGUUACCGACCAAGAUCCUAGGACAGCCAAGGAAAUCGCUCUGGGCAGAUGUUUUGACGGAACAUCAGACGGCUCCUCAAGGUUUAUGAAGAGCAACGUGGGUGUGGCGCUAACUUUCAGCUGCCAAGAAAGAGAUGCGCAACAAGAAAGUGUAUUCCAAUCGCUGCGGAAUGUGCCCGGCCGAUAUGGAGUAAGUCCUCUCCGAGAAAGGAUAGGCGUGAGAAUACCAAGUGAUGGCCGUACAGGCAGGAUCAGGGGGAAGGGCAUUCCCAUAGUUAGAAUUCCACAAAGAGCCCAGUAAGCUUUUACACACCAACCGUCUGAUCAGCUCUGUUUGAACCCCCAAUGACCACCCCAAAGCACAUGGAUCAAUGUUGAGGACAGUUCUAUGUAAGAAGGCACAGAAUCUUUCCCAGCACUCAAGUGUAUGGGGACGCCUGAGAAAUGUCACAUCUCCUUCAAAGCCUUUCACUGACAUUCAGUUGCUGUCCAAGGAGCGCAAUGAAAUGCUGGUAUCCAUGAGCCAGGCCCAGACAUUUUAGACCUUGGUACCAUCUCAGGGGAUGAAUGCUCAUAGUGGUCUAUGUUUACGCCCCAGGGAUGGGAAUAGGUGAUAGCAUUGUGGCACUUACAGCUUUCUAAGUGUUAUCACUCCUUUAUCAUCAACAUCCACAACAAAAAAUAUUUAUAUACCACUCUUCAACCAAGGUUCUCAAAGUGGUUUACAUAGGAAAAUACACAAAUAAGAUGGUUACCUGUCCCCAAAGGGUUCACAAUCUACAAAAUUGAUUGGUAUAUCCAUACUGUUAGGGUAAAAUUGCACAAAAUGUUGUCCUCUCUCCAUGGAGUCCUCUUUGAAGGACAUGUCUGCCCUUUGUCACUUUCAUUCCUCGAAAUAACAUCAAUAAAACUUCAUAGUAGUUUUUGUUUGUUUUAAAACUUUUUAAAGCUUCUGAAGCACCAUUGCAAAUCUGGCUGCUGCAGGCCUGAUGCUUGGGACAGCAAGAGCAUGACAACACACUGAAAGCUGAAAGAAUUGCAGCGCUAUCAACCUAUUUUCCAUCCUUGGAGUGUAGACCGUGUCAGGAAUCACAGUGUGCAUUUGUCCACCCAGAUGAUACCAGCCACACCAAAUGUCCCGUGUACUGUUGUAAAUAGCCAGAAUUUGGUUAGCUGUAUUCCAUCAGAACAGCCCUGCUGGAUCAGGCCCAAGAAGGCCCAUCUAGCCCAGCAUCCUGUUUCCCACAGUGGCCCACCAGAUGACGCUGGGAGCCCACAGGCAGCAGCUGAGGGCAUGCCCUCUCUCAAAGCAGGAGUAAAAAGACUAGUCAUCCCACAGUCAAUGGCACCUGAAAUCUGGGCCUGGCUGGUUGCUAAAGGCUGUGACUUCUGAGUGACCUGCAGAGCAAGCACCUAUCUGCAGUUGAGUUGACCUCUGCCCAUGUGCGAAGAUCUAGCUUAGGUGCCAAUGGGAAAGCCCCUCGGGAAAUAACCGUUUUAAAGCAGCCCAGGCAUCGAGGUUGCCUUUUUGAAACAGAUUGCAUUCAGAUAGAUGAGCUGUCGACCAAAUAAAGUUGAAAACUAUCCACAGUAACGAUGAGCUUGUAUUUCUGCACAGGGUUACAUACUGUAAAAGGUUAGCCGGGAACAUCCAGUGUUAAAGGACUGUACAUAAACUCUUCUGAUAACAGCUUCUUUGCCAGCCCAGUUAGCAAACCAUAACCAAUAAAAAGGAAUAAAGCGAUUCCUUCCUAUUAAGCUUUAACUGGAAAAAGGUGUACUUGAAAUGUGAAUAAUAUUUAUUUCUUUAUUUGCUCUACA